AUGGCUACCCGAGCUUACCUGAGUUUGGGUCACCGCUGCUACGUCACUUCCGGUCGUUCCUCUAUGUCCAUAGUGUGGAUAUUCUAUUUUAAAACUGAUCAGAAAAAAAGAGAAUGGCAGUCAGGUUUGGCUGACUGUAACGACGUGGGUUUAAGCUAUUGUUCAGGUGUGUUUACCGUUACCCCGGUAACAGGGACAACAUUUGACGUCUACUGUGAUAUGGACACUCCUGGAGGACCGUGGACGGUGAUUCAAAACAGAUAUGACGGCAGCGUUGACUUCAUGCGGUCCUGGGCAGAGUACAAAGAUGGAUUUGGACAUAUCAAUGGAGAAUUCUGGUUAGGAAUGGAACCAAUUAGAAGCCUUUUGGUGUUGGGACAAGCCCUGCGCAUCACGUUGGAGAGUUGGCAAGGGGAUGUCAAGUACGCAGAUUUUACAACAUUUCAUAUAGGAUCGGAGACAGAGAAGUACAUGUUGACACUGCAAUACUCCGGUGGUACAUUAACUGAUGAGAUUUCGUACCACAGCGGGAAGGUUUUCUCUACGUUUGACCGUGACAAUGACAAUGCACCUUUCAGUUGUAGCGAUCUUUAUAAGGGGGCGUGGUGGUACGGUUGGUGCUAUUCGUGCAACUUGUUUGGCCUAUAUGUUGAAGAUAUUGGCAAUGAUGACACAACUUCCAUGACGUGGAGAAAAUUCUACUCUGAUCGAGAAAAGCCUCCAUUACGGAAGUGCAAGAUGAUGGUUAAACGACUAACCUAG